AUGGGAGGAGAGCAAAUCCAACCUCAGUGUCCUCUUCAAAUCCUCUCAAAGAAGUUGAUAAAUCCAGCAAUUCCAACACCUCAUAACAUUCGCAACUUGAAAAUAUCAGCCAUUGAUCAGUUCUGUCCGCCAGUUUAUCUCCCUUUUAUUUUCUUCUAUCCUAAUUUCAGUGAAAAAGAAUUUCCAUCAGCCAGCAAGAAGUUGGAGAAAUCACUAUCCGAAAUUCUAACCCUCUUCUAUCCUUUAGGAGGAAGAUAUAUCAAUGACAAAUUUUCGAUAGAUUGCAAUGAUGAUGGGGUAGAAUUUACAGAAACCCUUGUGCAAGGCAAACUUUCUUCAGUAAUUGGAAGAGAUGUUGAUAGCAAACAGCUUAACCAUUUGGUUCCUCUCCAGUUUGAAUCGCCUGCUAGUCCUUUAGUGGCAAUUCAAUUUAACAUUUUUGAGUGUGGAGGCUUAGCUAUCGGUUUCUGCAUUUCACAUAGGAUAGUCGAUGGAUUUUUAUCAACUAAGUUCAUUGAUGGAUGGGCUACUUCAUGCCGAUUAGGGCUUCACAAAGUUGUUCAACCAAGCUUUGAUUUACCUUUGCUUUUUCCCACAAGAGAAAUGGUUCCUGAAAUGAAGCCCGUCCCGAGGCUUGUUCCCGGAUUGAAGACUGUGUCGAGGACGUUUGUUUUUGAUGGGUUGGCUAUAUCGACUUUGAGAAAGAUGGCAGAAGUUGGCAAAACUUCAAGGGUGCAAUUAGUGACAGCCAUUAUAUGGAAAGCUCUCAUCAGGGUUUCUCGGUUAAGACAUGGAGAAUGGAGGCCUUCCAUAAUUUGUCAUACAAUGAACAUGAGAGGAAGAACAGUUUUGCCAAUCUCAGAUGAUUGCUGUGGAAACCUAUUCAGGCCGGUGAUUGCGAAAUUCAACCCCGAAAACAAGUGCUAUAAGGUGGAGUUUCACGACUUGGUGAGUGUCAUUGGUGGUGCAAUAAGAAACACAGUUGCCGAUUGUGCAAAACCACAAAGUGGCGAUGAUUUUUCCUCCAUGGUGAUUGAUGCUUGGAAAGAAGCUGGUGAAGAAUUCAACAAAGAUAUUGAUAAGGUUGAUUGUUAUGGAUUUACUAGCUUGUGCAGGAUGCCAAUUUAUCCUGAUUUUGCUUGGGGAAAGCCUGCUAGAGUUACACAUGUACAAUCUGCUGUUGAGCUUACAAUGCUAUUUGAUACUAGAGAUGGUGAAGGAAUUGAAGCAUGGAUGUCCUUGGAUGAAAACGACAUGAAUGCUUUUCAACAAGAUUCAGAUAUUAUGGCUUUCACUUCCCUGGUACGUCAUUAG